AUGUUGCAAAACAUCCUCCUCCCCAUCCUCUCUUUGUGCUUGACUCUCGCUUCCGCCGCUCCUGUCUCUGGUGAUGCCUUAACAACUUUGGGCCACCACCACAACAACAACAAUAUCGGUUACGGCACUGGCGGUGGCAUAGCUGGAUUGAUCAUCUUGAUCCUCGAUAUUAUUGUCAUCGUCGAGGUUCUCCAAUCGACUCGUCCAGCUAGCCACAAGCUCCUUUGGAUCCUUGUCGUCCUUCUAUUCCCACUUGUCGGAAUGAUUCUCUACUUUCUCUUCUCCAACCGCGCACAGCACAAGUCUGGUGGCUCUUAUGAGCCUAUUCCAUAA